AUGAGGAGUUAAGAGUUUAUUCCAGAAUAAAAGAAUCGUGCUUCCAAAUAGCUUAAUUUGUACUUUAAUCCAAAUUACCCAUGUGUAUAUCAUAUUAUUUAUUUAGGGUUUUGAAUUAUGUGAAAAAUUAAAAUCAUCUGAAGCAAAUAUAUUUUAUAGGCCCAUUAAUAAAGAUGAUGGAUUAAUUUAUAAAAAUAUAAGCAAAUAAGGAUAGAAUUACUUAUAAUAGCAUAUUUAUCUUUAUAAUAUCGUAAUUACUAAACUCAAAGAAGACUAGAAUUUAACUUAAAAUGAUAUAUCUUGUUUAUAAAAUAACUAAUAAGAUUAAUAAACUAAUUAUACUCAAUUUGAAGAGUAAAUCAUAAAUAAACCAAUAAUAUCUAGUUCACUUUAUUAAAUUUCUGAAUAUCCAUCAGAAACUGAAAUUAUUUUAAGAUAAUAAAUUGAUAAAUAGAUAUUUGAAUUUGAAAAAGUUAAUGAUAAUAGUGUCACAUUUUGUUUAAUUUAUGAAGAUCAAGAUUUUAAUGAAAUUGAUAAUCAAAUCUCAAUAUUCAAAAAUAUUUUUAAUAAUCAAGAUAGAUAAACAAAUCAAGAUAGAUAAACAAAUAUUGUUAUUAUUGUUAAUGGUAAAGAAAAGAUGAAUAAGCUUAAUAUAAGAAAUCAUUUUUAAUUCAUGGAAGAUGUAAAUGAAAAUAAAUGUAUUUAAUUGUAACUAUUAAUUAGGCAAUAUUUGUUAUUCAUUUGAAUAUUAAGACUGCAUAUUUUUAAUAAUCUAUGAGGAAUAAAGCUAACUUAAACUAUUAAGUUGGAUUUAUUUAGGAGUAUUUAAACAUUUUUAAUCUGAAUAUUUUUAUGUUGGAUUAUUAAGCAUUGUUGUAGAUUCAAUUAAAUUUUAAUCUAUGGAUAAUACUUUAAGAUCAUCAGAAUAAUUUUGUGGAGCUACAGGAUAUAUUGAUUUAACUUAUAAAAAUAAUAUUUUCGAAUAUUGCAAUCUUAAUAACUCUUUUGUUGGAUACAUGAAUUUUAUGAAUUAUUAAUUCUAAAUAGAUUCUUUAGCAUCACUUAAAAGAUUUCACAAUCCUUUUUUCUCUUACUAUAAAUGGAAUUAAUGUCAUUAACAUCUUGGUCAGUAUAUGUAAAAUUUAGAAAAAGAGAACUCAUAAGGAAAUCUUAAUUUAUAAUUAAAUUCAAUAAUGCCUUCACUUAUGCACCAAAAUGAAAAAUUGCUAUUUCUUUCUUUAAGUAGCCCCUUAGGCUAUAAAUAAAUAUAAACAACCAAUAAUAUAUAAUAAUUCUUAGAAUUAUCAAACAAAUUAAAUUGCUUCAUUUAAUGUAAUAAUUAAGCAAUAAGUGUAAAAGGUCUUAUAUAUAAAAUAAUAGUAAUUUUAAGAGACUUUGAAAAUAAAAUUAAAUUAGCUCAAGUUCUAUUUUUAUAUACAUUUUCUCCUUAUCAACUAUUUUACUAAAAUACAUCUAAUGAAUACUUAUAAAUUUUAUUAGCUAUAGUUUGGCCAUUAUUACUAUUUAUCCUAAUAUUAUUUUUUGUAUUGCUAGCAUAAUAAUAUGCUAUUGGAGUAACUAUAGUGAAAAAAAAAAAAGGUGAAAUUUAUUUGAAGUUAAGUAAUUUGAAAAAUCUAAUGAUUCAAUGUAAAUCAAGCAUUUUAAAAAUCAAUAAUGUUUUAUAAAAUUACGAUGAUUAAUAACCUAUAGUCUUUCCAUAAAAAAAAAAAGUAUAUAAAAUUCAUCAUUUAUAUAAAAAAUUAAAAGAAAAAAUUUAGGGAGAAAUACAAUAAAACUAACACCAUCAAUAAUUAGAUACUGAAUUAGUAUUAAGUUAAUAAGAAUAAAUUUAAAACAUUUAAAGUGAUGAUUUAGAAGAAGAAUCUGAUGAUCAAAACGAAAAAAUAUUUGUAUUUUCUACUUAAAUUAUUUCCGAAAAAAAAGCUGAUUUAAUUUAUGAAAAACUAUUUAAAAUUACUUAAGUAGUUGAAAUCUUUUGUUCAAUAACAAUUGUUAUCAAUCUAAUUUUCACAUAUGGAAGAAACUUAAUAUCAAAAAAUGAAAAUUAAUAGUAAUAUGUUACAAUUAUAGCAACUUUUAUUUUUGUAUGUGCAUUUAUAUUAAGAAAUCUUUCUACUCAACUCAUGUAUAUAUAAUUAUGAUAAAUAAUAGGAAAUCUAUGAUUAUGACAUUUUAAAUUUUUUUCAAUUUGUUAAUUACGAUUGUAUAUUCUUAAAUGUAUCCUUUAUUGAGAAUUCAAAUAAAACCUAAAGAAUAUAGAAGAUAAAUAAAAUAAUUAUCUCAAUAUUUAUGCUUAAAUAUUUUGUUUUUAUUAAUGUAAAUAAUAUUAUUUAAAUCAAGUUUUUAUAUUGUUGAAACAUAGAUAAAUUUUGAAGGAUAUAUUUAUUCCAUAAUAAUAUUUUAUAAUUUGGCCAUUUAUUUUAUUGAUUCAUUAGUUAUAAUUACUGCAAAACUGAAGGAAUUAUUUAUUAGAAAUGGCAAUAAUAAUAAUAAAAAUAAUAAUUAAGAUAUUUAAUAAAUAAAUAAUCAUGUUAUGUUUUGUCAAAAUUAUCAGGAAAUAAUUUGUAAAUAUUUCAAUGAUUUAAGUUCGAAAUAAAAAGAAAUCUUAGCUCGUAAAAAUGAUAAAAGAGUAAUUAUAUUAUUUAUUUUAAUAAAGAUUAAUAAAUCUGAAAAAUCAUUAAGUAAUGAGAACAAUGAAUAAACUGCAUAAGAUUUAAUUGAACCUAGUGAAUUAAGUUUCUAAAUAGAUAAUGAAAUACAAUUAAACUUUGAAUCUUUUAGCGAAUAAUUAUAAAUUGGAUAAAAAUGA